CACCAUCAUGAGCUUGCUAGCAGGAUCAACGGAGGACACGUGGCACCCGGUGAUGUCCGGGGACACAACCUUGGCCAGCUACUGGCUCAACUGGAGGUUCUCGCUCUGUGCGGUGUUGGUUCUGGUGUCCAUGAACGUUGCAUUGGUGUUGAUAUGGAGAAAAGAGCAACCUCCAAACAGGAUUGAAACAGAGCAAGAAGGAGGAGAAGGAAGGAGUAAUAAAGGGGAAGCUUUUGUCUAUGAUGAUCAAGCUUGGAUGCCGUCGUUGAAAGGAGUUCAUCCAGCUUGGCUUCUUGCUUUCAGGCUCUGUGCAUUCUUGGUCCUCUUGCUCCUCCUCAUCGUCUCUGUUCUCGUCGAUGGCAACACCAUCUUUUACUACUAUACCCAGUGGACAUUUACUCUGGUCACCCUCUAUUUUGCUAUGGGGAGCUUGAUUUCGGUGGGUGGAUGUUACAAGUAUCACAUAAGAGCAAGCGGGGAUAGGGUCGGUAAUGCAGAGUUAGAUGCAGAGCAUGGUUCAAUGAAAGGCUCGAAUUCCUCAUACCUCGAGCUGCAUCGGCAGCCUGCUGGGAAAUGGGUUUAUGCAUUUCAGAUAAUUUUCCAGAUCAAUGCUGGAGCUGUGAUGCUGACUGAUUGUGUGUUUUGGUUCGUUAUUGUACCGUUUCUUGCAAUCAAAGAUUACCAUCUCAAUGCAUUGAUAGUAAGCAUGCAUUCAAUGAAUGCCAUCUUCCUGCUUGGAGACACUGCCAUGAACUGCUUGCCAUUUCCAUUUUUCAGGAUAGCAUAUUUCAUCAUGUGGACAAUCAUUUAUGUGCUGUUCCAGUGGAUUCUCCACGCUUCUGUCAAAAUAUGGUGGCCAUAUCCGUUCCUCGAUAUUUCGUCUCCCUUUGUUCCCUUAUGGUACUUCGCUGUGGCGGUGAUGCACAUCCCUUGCUAUGGAGUGUUUGCUUUUGUUGUGAAGCUGAAGAACACAUUGUUCACCAGAUGGUUCCGCGAUUCUUACCGGGGCCUGAGGUAGCUAGCUUUGAAAGAUAGGGUGUAGAGACAGUAAGGGAGAAACUAAAGGGAAGCAAGGUAUACAAUGAGACUAAAGUUGCAACUCUAAAGAAGCCACCAACAGUAAUUCAAGAUCCAGUUGAGUUCUUUUUUUUGGGGAUGAUUGGAGGAAGCAAGGAGAGCAAAGGAAAGGAAAGGAAAGGGAAAGGGAAAGGGAAACAACAACAUAUACUUUUAUUCUUAUUCGAGUGGUAUGAAUGUAUAGCAAAUGUAGGGAACAUAUUGAACAAAAGCAGCAAGGUAAAUUAAAUUUGCAGAGAAGAUAUGGUGGCAAAAGGGUUUGAAAACUAAAGACAGAUAUUCUUUCUUCCUUGUUUUAUAUUUUUGCUCCUUUAUCAAUUUGAUUCUCCUGAGUUAUAAGGGAAGGAUCUAAUACCAUUCUGGAUACAAGUUUGAUGGGUUUGCACAUUUUGGACCCCAGCAGAAUAUUGCAGACAGAUAAAGCAAUAUCAGAUUCUUGAGAAGGAAAUGAAGAUAAGACUACUCAUUGUCUGAGUUGAGACAAUUCAGUCGGCGAGAUUAUGUCGUUGGAUCGAGUGUUCUGCGAUUUCACGCGAUUUGUAAACUUAUGCGUUUUGAUAGUAUUGUAAAUAGUUAUAAGUGCGCGUAUUUGUGAAUCACGAGCUAUCGAAUCAAACAGAG